UGAUGGACGUCAUCCUCUGUGUCGUGCUAAAGCUUUUGAUUCCGUUCAGUUUUCGUUUGAUGUCGCGGGUGUCUGCGCUUGUGAUGGUUGAUUCGCCGAAGCCAGAUGAUACGAAUCGCCGUUCAAUGAGCCACGGGUUAAAAAGCCAGGGAGCACAAAACGAUACAAAGUCGACAAAUCGGCCGAUCACGCUUCAAGUGAGCAAGUUCAACCAUGGGAGAUGAGAACACUGAUCCGCAUCUCGUCACGAUUCCGCGGCGACAGUCAUCAAGGCAGACACCAGGGGCCUGGCAUCACAGCAGAGCUUCCGGGUCGGCUCAGACGAUAUUGACAGACACCACCACGUCGCCUAUUUCACCCAGACCCAAGGAGUCUCUCCAUCGCACACCAGCGUGGUCCAGUGUUAAUGUCCGAAAAACCCGAAAAGCGGAGCAUGGUGGAAGCCUUGGACCCAUGGGAAAGUCGAGCACAAAACUGCGAAGGCUUCAGAUAUUUCAAGGCCAUAAUGAGGGCAGACCGUCCGCCCUCAAAGCGGAUCCUCAGCCGUUGCGAGAAAUUCCUCCCGAGGAUAAUAUCAGCCUUCGUGGUCUCGGGGGGCACGGGCAACCAUGGGUAACGCCAUCGCGAGGCGCGGAUCUGGCGCGAAGUUCGACGGAAAUACUUGCACGUCUACCCCUCUCGUCAUUCGGUCUGUCUAGUGAGAACUCUCGAAAACGCGGCUCGGUGAAACGGCGGGUGUUCUCGAAACUCCUAAGCUUCCGUCAACCGAAAACACAUCCGAGCACGGAACCGAUGAUGAAUGAGGGCUCAAAUCUUGGAGUCACUAGUAGGAACGGCAAGGAGGGGGGUUCGGUUACUUGCUCCGAUGGCAGUGUGACUGGUCUUCUCAACAUUCGGAACGAUACGCCGGAAGAUGCCACGAAGCAGAUCUAUAUGCCUCCCUGAAACGCCAUUCCUAUGAGACUCUGGAAGCCGAGCUUGAAAGCCAAACCUUUCGGACAGAGGACGCAGUCUCUCCAAGUACCGGUUCCGCCCCUUUUCCAUGUAGUGUGUCCUCCACAAAAUCUGUCAUACGGCACUACCAAACAGACGUAGGCCCUGAACCAGCGCUCACUGCAAAGU